AUGGCAACAUUAUAUUGGAAUUACAAGUAGGUAUUGCCAUAUUGUACCCGAAGGAUGAUGAAAGGACCAUUUUAUAUAUUAUAAUAUUUGGAGAUGAAAGAAGGCUAAAAUAUAAAAGUUGUUGCUCGGUUGAGACCACUCAAUGCUCUUGAAAUGCAAUAAGGAGGGGAAUGUUGUGUUUCAUAUGGUGAAAAACAAAUUACUGUUACGGUUGGCUCCAAUGAUAAAUAGGAUUUUGCAUUUGAUCGAAUAUUCGGACCUGAUUCAGAAUAGGCUGAUGUAUUCGAUGAAGUAGGGAGACCGAUUUUAGACAGCGUGAUGAAUGGUUAUAAUGGAACCAUUUUUGCGUAUGGUUAAACUUCAUCAGGCAAAACAUUUACAAUGGAAGGCCCAGAUAAUCCUAACGAAAGGACUAAAGGAUUGAUACCAAGAGUCAUGACUGAAUUAUUUGAUGUUGUGCAUAGCAAAUCAGAGGAAUUAAUAUAUAUUGUGAAGGUUUCUUUUUUGGAAAUUUACAAUGAGAAAAUCAUGGAUUUAUUAGACACUAAUAAAACUAACCUAAAAAUAAAAGAAGAUAGACUUCGGGGCAUUUUUGUAUAGAAUCUCACAGAAAUUAAAGUUGAAUCCCCAGAAGAAAUGAAAUAGGUGAUGAUGACUGGGUCAAAUAAUAGAACAAUAGCGGCCACUAGAAUGAAUGAAAGAUCAUCUAGAUCUCAUUCCUUAUUUUAAAUUUAGGUUAGUGAAAAAAAUUUGAAAACAGAUUCCAGUAAACUAAGCAAAUUGUACUUUGUGGAUUUGGCAGGAUCAGAAAAAAUAUCAAAAACUAAUGUUUCUGGUCAACAACUAGAAGAAGCUAAGAAUAUUAAUAAAUCAUUAACUUGUUUAGGCAUGGUCAUUAAUGCCUUAACUUCUGAUAAAAAAGAACACAUCCCUUAUAGAGACUCUAAAUUAACUAGAAUAUUGAGUGAAUCUCUUGGAGGAAAUGCUAAAACUACCUUAGUAGUUGCUUGUUCGAUGUGUUCAUACAACGAUAAAGAGACAAUAAGUACUUUAAGAUUUGGAGCAAGAGCCAAAGCCAUAAAAAAUAAGCCCACUAUCAAUGCUGAGAAAAGUGCUAAAGAAUUACAAGCCUUACUAGAUAUUGCUGAAUAAAAGAUACUAGAGUAGGAUGAAAUAAUUAAUAAAUUAAUGGAAAAAGUAGAGAACGGCACUUCAGUCUCAAUGGAUAAAGGAAACUCAAACUCAAAUUUGGGACCGUAACAAAAUGCCGCAUAAUCUAAAUAACACUCAUCUCUAUAAUUAUUAAAAGAACAUAAAUUAGUUGUCAAUUUGCAAGAAGAAUUGGAGUUUCAAAAAACAGAAAUGGCUGCUCUUUAGAUAAAUUAUUAGAGUAGGAUUGAUGAAUUAUAAGAGAAACUUUUAAAAUAGAAAUUCAAUGAAGAACAUACCAAAUAAUAACUAUCUGAAUGCUUAAAAAAUAAUUAAAAAUUCAUUUUUGAAAAUGAAUAAUUGAAAACUCAAAUCUUAGAGAAUGAUUAGAAACUAUUUGAUUUUCGUAGGGCUCUGUCUUCAACAAAGUAAGACUUAGACUUCUUCCUUGCCAAUCUGAAUUUAAAGAACCAAUUCAAUUAAUGUCCUUCUGAUUCUGAAUCAACAAAAGACAUUUUCAUGACUGAAUAAUAUGACAAGGAAAUUGAAGAGAGAACCUUUUAGAGCAUAGUUAAUUUUUCAGAGACCCUUACAAAAUUAGAUACCAUUCUAUUGAAAGAUUUUACUUAGGAAUAAGUCAUCACUCAAAUUAUAAAUCCAUAAUUUAAGAAAAAGAAUGUAUCCUUUUAAAUGGAUUCUUAACCGCCCUCACCAAAAUCUAAUAAAUUAUUGGAUAUUGAUAAUUACUCUUUUUAAACAGAUGAAGAUGAAUUAAACAUAAAAUUUGAUGAAAAUGAAUAAACUUUAAUAAAAUCCACCUAAGAGAAUGAAGAAAUCUCGGAUGUUGAAAAAUUAUUAGCCAUGUUAGGUGAUAAAAUGGAGGAUUCACAUGUAUUACUACAAAUUCAGGAAGUUUUCUCGAAAUUGAGGAGAUAACUUUAAGUGGAAUAAGAGAAGGUCUAAGAAAUAUAUUAAAUCAUGGUUACCAUUAAGGAUUAGUUUUCCAUGUAUCAAAUUAAGGAAAGAGAAAAAAUGUAAAAAUUGAAACUAUCAUACAAUUAAAAGAAGAGUGAAAUGAGUUAAUCGAAGCAUAGCCUUUAAAAACAAUUAGAAGAUUUAACAGUGGAAUUCCAGAAAUAUAAGCAUGAAACAGAAAAAUAAUAAUAAUUUCUUACUUAAAUCAAUCAGCAAUUGAUUAUUAUAUCAUUCUUAUUUUUUAUAUUGCAAUAACAGGAAAGUUCAGCCUUUAAUCCUCUCUCCAGAGAAUAUCAACUUGAAUGUACUGUCAAAUAGCUCAUGCAGGAAAGAAAUGAUAUGCAUAACUCGCUAUUAUAAACUAGAUAAUAAUUGGAAAAUGCAAUAAAAUUAAAAAAUUCCUAAGCAGAAGAAAUUAUUAAAUUACAAAAGAAAAUCGAUACAAUAGAAUUGUAAUUGUAACAUAAGAAGCUCUAGGAAUAAGAUCUAAUUCGACGGCAAUUCCAAAGGAGAUUCAGUAGAGAUACUAAAAAAACCGCCUCAGAGACUCAAGGAUGGAGUUUCGACUAAAUUAUUAAAGAUGAUCAUGCAAGGAACAUUGCAAGAUUAGAAACAGUUUUAGGAUAUUCUUGUUUAGAAACAAUCUAAACAGGAGCCUGUGUAGGAAAAGCCGAUCUAAUAAUCAAUGAGUUUCAGAAAAUAUAUAACUUAGGCAGCGAGUAAUAAGGAAAUUAAUAGGAGUAUGAUGAUCUCAGUCCAGUCAUUGGUACACGCACCAUAAUUUCAAAAGAAGUUGGAGAAUGCAAAGGAUAAAAUCCAGAGAUAUUCGAAUAAUAUCCAUCAUAGCCAGAUUAAAUAAGCAUAGCAUUAGACGUAAUAAUGUCAGUCAAUAAACAUAGGAAUUUCACGAACAACUUGUCGAUGACAUUGGAACGACCCCCUUUAGAAGAAUUCUAAGAAAGUUACUAUCCUGAAUGA